CAUAAGAAUGUAAAUUAUUAUUUAUCCGUCUAAAAAUUGACAACUUCAUAUUUCGUUAUCAUCUAACCUUUCUGAAUUCUUCCUAUCAAUUACGCGAAGGAUUACGAAUCUCUGUUAAAUUACGUAUCAAAAGUCUAUACGAAUAAAAAAAAUUGUGAUAGUAUCGGUAUAAAUCAAUGACCUAUCAUGAAAAAAAGGCUAUCAAAUGUUAUCGAACAAUUUACCGAGUUUACUACACGUUUGUCAUGUUGGUUAUGGGACACCUUCGAAUCUUUACUGGACAUUUUUAUGGACUUUUUAGCGAAGACACUAGAACUAAUACUUGCCAUGAUGAAUCUAUUCUUCCAAGUGAUGUGUUUCCUCAGGGAUCUCUGUAUCGAUGCUAUGAGAACAUACUUGAAUACCUUUCAUGGUAUUGUCAAUAUCAUCAAAAGCAUCAAAUGCGAUGACGUGGAAGAUUUUGCCUCCGCGUGUAUCGUCGUCAUUCUUUGGAUCGAGGCUAUCAGGAUAGUUAUGAGUUUGGUGAAGCAGAAUCCACGAACGAAAAUAUGGACUUGGUUUGGUCGAAAUGCGGAAAAGAAAAAUAAUAAUUCAAACAAAAAUCCAAAGAUUUAUGGAAAACAGCAUUGCUCGUGUAAGAAAUCUGGCAAACAGGGUGGUCGAUACGUAAAACGUUUCCAGAAUAUAACCUCGAAAGAAAACCUUAUUGAAUAAAACAAAAGGAUUAUUGGUCAAGGUAAUAUAGUAGAUAUUCUCUAUCGAUUUCCAAAAUCCUAGAAAAUUCGCAAAAAAAUAUCAGGAUUUUAUACAUCGUCUUUAUGUAAACGUUUAUUAUACAUAACAAUGUGUAAAGCCGUAUAUCAAAUACCAUUACACUUUAUAAGUUAUAUCCUAUUAUAUACAUAAUUAAAUACGAAGCAUAAGACAUCAUUUAAUAAAAGAGAGACUAUUUAAUCUGUUUCAUUUCAAUUCUGUUCAAACCUUCCUUUUUUAAUUAUUAUUAAUAAUAUUUCGUCUCCACUUUUACAUGUCCUCGUAAUUCUUUCCCCACGUAUUCAUAAACACUAACGCGCGAUUUAUAAAAUUCAUAAAUUAAAAUAAAA